AUGCGGCCUUCACUUGCUCUUACCACGGCUUUCGUAUCAUCGGUUACGGCCCUCGAGGCGCUCUCAAACUCACCAUGCGCCGUCCAAUGCGGCAAUGACCUGGGUGGCACGACCGGAUCCGAUAUAGCUUGCCAUGAUAGUGACUAUGGAACUACGCCUGGCCAGACCUUUCAAACGUGUGUUGGAUGUCAAUUGACCAGCACGUACGUGGACCCAGCCACAAAACAAACGGAUCUCCAGUGGGCACUAUAUAACUUGAGAUACGCCGUUAGCUGGUGUUUAUACGGUUUUCCAAACAAUACAAAGGUUGGGGAUUCGCCCUGCGUCACAAGCACUGCAUGUGGCCAGCUUUCAGGAGCCUUUGAAUUCGACUCCCUCUCUCCUGAUGCUGGGGUCUUUUCAUACUGUCCCAUUUACCAAUCAUUACUGGUUAAUAAGUGUACGGCUUGUACAUCUAUCCAAACCUCCGAGUUUUAUAUCACUAAUUUUGCCGUGGCUUUAAAUGCCGCCUGUCAACAACAGCCAUCGUCAGGGAGCACCAUAUCGUUCUCCGGCAACGUCUUCUCCGAGACACUCAUCCAGAUCACCAAUCCUUCCUCGGGAGCGCAAUCCUCCUACAACCCGUCAACAGGCGGCCUGUCCCUAGGAGCUAAGAUUGGCAUAGCAGUCGGGGCUAUCCUCUUCGCUCUCGGCCUUGCGGGUUUCUGCAUCGUCUGGAACGGACGACGACGCCGUAGACACGUCCUCGCAAAACACCAACAAGAGAGCGGCUACGCAGACUGGAUAGCCCAACAACAAGCUGUGCAGGCAGAUGCCUCGGGAGAGCACCAUGAAACGCCCGUCGAUACGAUGAGUGCAGGUGGCUUCCACGAUAGUCCGCAAAGCACACGGCCGUUAGUAUCAUCUCGUCCUUGGGCCCCGGGACACAGAGAGGAAGAGAGUCCGAUGAGUGCGGUAGGCGAGAAAGUGUAUUUCAGUCCGUACUCGAGCAACUAUUCCAGCCCCGUUAGUGCAAGCGACCAAGCACAAGCCGCUGCUGCACGGGAGUGGCCACGGGACAGGAAGGGGAGCUUUUCGGGGCUUGGACGGAGCCGCAGUGGGGACGACAUGGACAGGGAGGAAGGCGAUCGGAUCGAGAUGCAAAACGUGCCGCCAGUGCUGCUGCAUCCGGGACACGGGAGAGCUGCUGCCCCUUAUUUACCAGGGCUAGGUGAAGAGGAUAUGAAAAGGGGAACCGCGAUGUAA